AUGUUCGCUCCCGCGGCUUGUUGGGAGCGAAACGCACAAUGUCAUACAGACUCUUCGGCAAUUGACUUUUGGAUUACAUUGCAUCAGCCACGCAUAUCGGGGCGUAUUUAUCUUGAGCUGAUUGGUGAACGAGUUCUGCGCAACCAAUACGAAGAUCGCACUGGCGAUAUUCUCUUUGAAUAUGAAAACAGCGGUACCUAUGGGAUAUCUUCCAGUGACAGCGCGGCUUGGAAUGCGGAGAAUGCGGAGAAUGCCGUCUGUAGGCCGCAGUCAACUCUCGCCCCAAAGAUCAUUCGAUAG